ACCGCCUGGCACCAUCAUUUCAUGGAUACAUCUGUAGCCAAUAAGUGCGCAGACGUUCUUGCUUCUUCUAUCAACUUUGCUGUCCCAAGGAAAUUGUUUUCACAAGGCUGCCCCCCCAUGAUUUUCGAGACUCAGCAGCGAUUUCAUGGUGACCGUUCUGUCGUGUAGCGUUCACAAGUGUUUGUUGGUGUAAAUAACAUUUGACUCGUCAAGAUGCAACUCAGAACUGUCCUUGACGUUAAAGUUGUGGAUGUGCAGAAGAGAAGGAAUCCAUCUAAACACUAUGUGUACCUUAUCAAUGUCACUUACUGCGACUCCACUUCACAUGUCAUCUACAGAAGAUACAGCAAAUUCUUUGAUCUACAGAUGCAGAUCCUUGACAAAUUUCCAAUUGACGGAGGACAGAAGGACCCCAAAAAGAGGAUCAUACCCUUUUUGCCAGGUAAAGUCUUGUUUCGUCGAAGUCACAUAAGAGAUGUCGCUGUCAAAAGACUGAAACACCUGGAUAACUACUGCAAAGCUCUGAUGAAGCUUCCCUCCCACAUUUCCCAGAGCGAGGAGGUUCUGAAGUUUUUUGAGACCAAGGCAGAGGACCUCAACCCUCCCAAAGAAGACUGUGGUGGAUCUGGCAAACGCAAGUCAGGUCUGGAUGCCUCGGAUCCCAUGCUUCUGGAGCAGUAUGUGGUGGUGGCCAAUUAUGAUAAACAAGAGCCUGCUGAAAUCAGUCUUCAAGCCGGAGAGGUGGUGGAUGUUAUCGAGAAGAGUGAGAGCGGGUGGUGGUUUGUCAGUACAGCGGAGGAACAGGGUUGGGUCCCUGCGACCUACCUCAACUCUCACAGUGGAACACGGGAUGAUUUGGAGCUGGGGGCCUCCAAAGUCGGGGAAGUUACUAAGCGACAUAAGGCCCAUUUGAAGAGGCUGGACCGGAGAUGGACGUUGGGGGGUGUCAUCAGCAGGCAGCAGAGCCGAGAGGAGAAGUACAUGACAGUGCAGCCGUACUCCAGCCAGGGAAAAGAUGAAAUUGCUUUUGAGAAAGGAGUUAUUGUGGAGGUGAUUCAGAAGAACCUGGAAGGCUGGUGGUUUAUCAGGUACCAGGAUAAGGAGGGUUGGGCUCCAGCCUCCUACUUGAAGAAGGUGAAGGAUGACUUCAGUCCCCGUAAGAAGACAGUCACUGGCCCAGUGGAGAUCAUUGGCAACAUCAUGGAGAUCAGCAACCUGCUUAACAAGAAAGCCCUAAGUGAAAAGGAUGUGCAGACUGAGGGCCUGCCUGAGAGCCCCCAAGUGGCCAGGAGGGAGAUCAGCUUGCCUGUCCCGUGCUCUGACUCCAGCCCUGGUAAUGCCCCGCAGGAAGGCAAAGGCAAAGCAGAGCCUGCUUCUCCAGCCAUAGCCCGCAUUGCUCCUCAUCGAGUGGAGAUUGGUUCCCCAGUUCUCAGGCAGAAGCCUCCUCCUCGAAGAGAUGCAACUCUGGGAUUUCAGUUGCCCUCCCCACCAGAGCCCCCUACAGUUGAAGCAGAGUACUACACCAUUGCAGAGUUUCAGUCUUGUAUAUCAGAUGGUAUCAGUUUCAACGGAGGACAGAAAGCAGAGGUCAUUGAAAAGAACUCUGGUGGUUGGUGGUAUGUCCAGAUAGGAGAGAAGGAGGGCUGGGCUCCCUGCUCCUAUAUUGAUAAACGCAAAAAGCCCAACCUGAAUCGUAGAACAAGCACUCUGAGCCGCCCAAAAGUUCCACCUCCAGCUCCGCCAGUCAAAAAACAGGACUCAGUGGAAACUGCUCCUCCCAGCAGCCCUGGGUCUGAAGCCCCAGAGUCCCCAGUAUCUCCUGGGAAGCCUGUGUAUGAAGAGCCAGAAUAUGAUGUUCCAGCCAUUGGUGAUUUGGACCUAGAGUCUGAGUUUGAGUUUCUCAGGGGAGAUGGUUCUUUGGUGGAUGGGAAGAAUGAGGAUGCUUCUUCAGAGAAAGGGUCCCAUCUGUCUUCCAAGCCGUCCCCAGCUUCAUCACUUCACAGUGCCUCCUUCAAGAUGGGGGAGUCAUUUGAAGAUGGCCAUGAGGCAGAGGUGGAGGGAGAUGAAGAGUGUAUCUAUGAGAAUGACAGCAUCAGGGCCUUCAGAGAGGCCACAGAGAGGCAGUGCAGCAGGGACUCAAAUUCUUCCAAGACAAGUGUCCUGUCAGAAACUGGCAGGACUGCAAACUUAAAGCCAAUAUUAGGAGGAAGAAAACCUACAGGGAACAAGCUCAAGAUUGACUUGAAUGCUACCCCGUUUUCAACCAAAGGUGAAGAGGCCUCUAGUCCUAAAUCUGCCUCCACGGAGUCUACUCCAGAUCUGUCCCAGCAGUCCAGAUCUAAGAAAGACCAGGAGGAGAACAAAGCAUCCUCCUCUACCAAGUCCUCUAAACUGAAGCCAGUGGUAAGACCCAAACCACAGCUAGCUAAAGCCUCCAGUUCAGAGAAGAUGGACAUAAGUACUCUGAGAAGACAACUACGGCCAACAGGGCAGCUUAAAAAUGGCACCAAAACCUCCAAAGGUGAGGACUCAGAGACAGCUUCAGUCAUCUCCUCUGAGGACUCCUUCUCUUCUCAGAGCACAUCUGAUCUCUCCUCCAUCUACUCCAAGGGCAGUCGGGGAGACUCUGACCUAGAGGGCUGCAGCCUUUAUCGCACCACAGAUCCUUAUGAGAAGGUCCAAGACUCUGAGCUCAGCUUCCCAGCUGGAGUUGAGGUGGAAGUGCUGGAGAAGCAGGAGAGCGGCUGGUGGUUCAUUCGCUGGGGUGAUGCAGAGGGCUGGGCUCCAACUUACUACCUGGAGCCUGUCAGGCAACAAGAGGACAUGGCAGGGUCAGAGUCUGAUGGCACCCCCACCAAACCGGGAAGCCUCAGCAAGUCCAACAGCCUGGAGAAGAAUGAACAAAGGGUACAGGCUUUGAACAACAUCAAUCAGAACCUGAAGAGGGUUACCCCACCCAUACCCUCCAAGCCGCCAGGCGGGCUCUCCAAACCCACAGGCCUGGUCAAUGGGUCACUUAAGCAGAAUGGCUUCAAACAACAGCAGGUUGUCAGACCCCAAUCUGUCUUCAUAUCAGCCCCCAUCAUGGAUGGGCCCAGCCCUAUUGGCUCUCUCAGGAGGAAUGAAUCCCUCAACUCCGCUGACCACCCACGCUCAAGCCCCACUGUGCGACGCAAUGCCUCGUUCGGCACUGUGUCACGCAGCCCAGCACCAAAUAACUCACUGCUACCCAACAGGAAUCGAUCUGGGACCGGCAGCUCUGAGUCUCUCGGCCACAGCUCUCAGAAGAAUGCCCUCCCUGUAUCUACAGUGAAGCCCAAGCCCCACAUCAUCCAUAACAAUCUCAGAGAGGUAUAUGUUUCCAUAGCAGAUUACCAUGGCGAUGAGGAAACCAUGGGAUUUCCUGAGGGGACAAAUCUUGAGGUUCUUGAAAGAAACCCCAAUGGCUGGUGGUACUGCAAGGUUCUGGACAAUGGCAGACCUCGAAAAGGAUGGGUUCCCUCAAAUUACCUCGAGAAAAAGCACUAGCACUCAUGUUUGGAGCUGGCAGAACUCUGUACAUGUGUGUAAAGACUACUUAAACAGACACAAUUGUUUUGUGAAAAAAGAUUAACACAAAGAUGUCAAGAAAGGAUUUAAAACUUAACCGGUACCUCUGCCAACCUGAGCAGGCAGAUCAAAUUGUUACUUCAAAAUGAAAUGAAAUUCAUCUACAUAACACAGCACCUGAGACAUUGCAUUUUGAGCAAUAUUGGAAUUUGGUGACAGUCAAGCAGAACACCAGGAAGAACAAUGAUUUGUGAUAAGUGGUGGGCUCUGCUAUUUGUCAGUGAUUACCUUUAACUUGAAAUAACAUCUGAAAGCAUUUGAGUCUUUUGGUGUUCGAUCCUUGAACAUUUUUGUAAGUUUACUAUAUAUUUUUUAUUUUUAAGCAUUUAAAGCUUAUUGCAUGUUUGAAAUAUACUGACAAUGCCUUGGGCUGUUAAAAGUAACAUUUUCUCCCAUAUUUUGAUGAAAAAAACAAACAAAAAAAAACUCAAUUGUCGCCAAAGCUGCUUUGUGUUAGUCUCAUCUUGAUAUUGUCUUUUUGCAUGUUUUUUUUAUAUCCCUUUUAUAUGUCACCUUCAUGUGAAAUAUUUUACCCACUUUAUUGUGUAACGUUAUUUUGCCUGAUGAAACAAUCUGUAUGCUUCUCUAUUUGUCAUAUUUUCUUCCCCUAAAUGUGUUUCAAAAUCCUUGAUGAUUUUUCUGAAAUAUAUUGCCUUAAAAUGAAAUUGUGAUUUCUCUUCCACUUCUAUUAAGACUCCCUUACUUCAGCAGCCAACAAUAUUUAUUCAUUACUGAGAACAUAAAACUAUUUUUCUUCUUAUUGUUUUAUUAUUAAUGAAUUCACAGAUUAACAGUUGUUCACAACUGCAAAAACAUUUCUAAAAACUACUCUAUUAAUCAUGUUGAUAACUUUCAAUUUCUGCUGGGCGGUAAAUUUGACAUAAAUCUUACAUGCAGUGUUGUUUUAUGUUAACUGUGUGACCAGUGAUAACUGAAGUGCCAAAUGAAUGAAGCAAAUAAAUGCACUUUUGCA